AUGGCUGAAUCGUCCAACUCCUCCGAUCUUAUUCCGGUGCCACACAGACCAAAGCACAGCCACGGGAUGUCCAUUAUUUAUACAGACUUGCUACCUGAAGAACGCCUCUUUUGGGAUAACUAUUCUACGGAAACUUUUUUCACCACCCAGUCCAGCCACCGCGGUGCCUUGUACACUCACAUUGCAUCAUAUGUGGGUUCCUUCUUUUUUGUGUUUCCUUUUGUACUUGUUUUCUGGAAUACCCAUCACGCGUUGUUUCUUCCGGCAUUGACGGUGCACACAGCACUCGUGGUAGUUUCUUCAUUCAAUUUCUGGGUUUUCAGCAGUUCUGUCAGAGAUGGAUUGUAUCCGCAUAGUGCUUUCUCCACCAUGACUGUCUUGUUGUUUGUGGGUUCCCUUGUCCAUUGGUUAAUUGCUCUUUUUGCCCUGGGGUACCGCGCCUUGAACUCCGAUAUUGAAUAUAAGUACGCGGAAUUGGAGUCGGACGAGGAAAGCCUGUCGCUUAAUUCUCCUUCACUUACUUUGCGCGGUUCUAGCGUGCGCUUUGAUUCUUUUGAGUUGGAGGAUUUUGAUCGUUUUCCUCGCGACGGACACUUACAGACGUCGAACGACUCCAUGAUUCGUCUGAGCCCCUCCCGCUUGUCUCACGUCCUUAAUCGUUUUCCUCUUUUGAAUAGAGCCACGCAUGUUUUUGGAAAGGUGGCACUCUCAACAACAGGUCUCAUGAACUGGGCGCUGUUUGCAUUCUUUCUCGUGUACUUUCCCACUGGUAUCGCGACUUAUCUACUCUACGGUCAAGACGAGUUUAAAUUCAACUUGCUCGCUCACUUUAUCAAAGGUGGCGUCUUCUUCGUUCUUGGUUUGGUAACCUUAGCUCGUUAUUGUGGCGCCUUCAAGAAUAAAGGUUGGGCUUGGAACCAUCGUUUUGUGACAGCUGCUAAGGCGUCAUCUGGAUGGCUUAAAUGGCAAUCAAAGGGUCUUUGGACCAUGGAAAUGAUUGAAUCAAGCCUUAUCUUAUUUUACGGCUCCACGAACAUAUUUAUGGAGCAUAUGGCCAGUCCUGAUGGUAAGUGGACAGCUAAAGAUCUUCAGCAUGUUUCGAUUGCCUUUAUUUAUUUGGGUUGCGGUCUUUGCGGUGUUUUAUUGGAAAAGAUUUUGGCUGACUGGAGGUUUUCCAAAUCGCUUGACAACGCUUCUCUGGUCGUCGAAAGCAAGAAAUUAUCCACGGUUCAAAAGGCAACUCCGGGAUUCUCUCCCAAUCCAUUUCCUGCUUUGACUAUCUAUUGGACUGGUGUUCUCAUGUCCCUGCAUGAGCAAGCAUCCAGCUUGUCCUCGGAAAUCCAUAAGCAAUGGGGAAACAUGUUUGUUCUUGGUUGUGCAUUCCGUGUGGUGUCCUAUUUGUAUUUCCUCCUCAAACCACUGGACGGGAAGGCAUUGACUAAGCCUGCGCAUCCUAUCACGGAAGUGCUUGUCUCGUUUUGUUUGCUUUCUGGAGGGAUGAUAUUUAUGGAGUCUUGUGACUCUGUGGUGUACCUGUUGGAGUACUAUGGGCUCACGUCAAUGUUUACUUUGAACAUAUGUUUAGGUAUCGCAGCUCUUAUCAUGGCAUGGGUUAUGGCUGUGUUUUACAUUAAAGAUGCGUUCGUUAGCCGCAUGUCUCAUCACAGAUCAUCAGUGUGA